AGUGGAAGAGAACGCCGGAGGGUUACCGGAAAUAAACACGCAGCUGUAUAACCCAUCAUGUGUACGGGCUGUAGUUGUAACGGAUAGAACCGGACUCUUACGGCGUAGUAAUGCAGAGUUGACCGUGUUUAGAAGCUGCUGGUUGUUCUUCAGAGCUCCAUCAUGUCCGGAGCGUUAGCCAGGCUGCUCUUCUACCCGACUCUGGCCUACAAUGUUGUCAUGGAGAAGGUUUCCUCCAGGAGGUGGUUCGACCGGGUGGACGAGACGGUCAUCCUGGGGGCGCUGCCGUUCAGGUCCAUGACCAAACAGCUGGUGGAGACAGAAAAUGUCCGGGGAGUUGUCACCAUGAAUGAAACGUAUGAAACCAAAUAUUUCUGCAACUCGGCCGAGGAGUGGCGAGAUGCAGGCGUGGAGCAGCUGAGGCUGAGCACCGUGGACCUGACCGGAGUCCCCACCCUGCAAAACCUCCAUCGGGGGGUGGAGUUCGCCCUGCAGCACAGACGGCAGGGGACCAGCGUCUACGUCCACUGCAAGGCUGGGCGUUCCCGCAGCGCCACGCUGGUCGCUGCGUACCUUAUCCGGCUCCACAGCUGGACUCCAGAGGAAGCCUGUCAGCGGCUGGCGUCCAUCAGGCCGCACAUCCUGGUGCGCUCGGCUCAGCUGGAGAUGCUCAGGAAAUACUACCAGGAUGUGUGUGGGGCUUCCAGCUGAGAGACCGGCCUGGCAGCGGGUCAGACAUUCACAUUCAGGAUGAAAACUGGGCUGAGAGAAGGUGUUGCUGUGGUUUUCACACAAUCUUAAAGCUAUCCAUUUUCACCUGUCCUUGUAUUCGUUUUGAAGUUUUGUGUGUUUUACAUGGAAAUUGUUUGUUUUUGCAAUUAAAAUUACAAUUCUGUUUUGUGACUCAUUCACUUUUUACUUUCAACUGAAAAGUGGAACAAUACUACGGAAAAUAGAAUUGGUCAUUCUUCGCAGACACUUCACACCCUGGAAAAGUUUCAUUUUAUCAUUAUAUUUGUUAAAGGAUAUAAAAAUAAAGCAGAUGAAAGCUAAUAAAUAUUUGUAACUAAAGUA